GGCCAUGUACGGCGACAUAUUCAACGCCACGGGCGGCCCCGAGGCGGCGGUAGGCAGCGCGCUGGCCCCAGGAGCCACGGUCAAGGCAGAAGGCGCUUUGCCGCUGGAGCUGGCCACUGCGCGCGGUAUGAGGGACGGCGCGGCCACAAAGCCCGACCUGCCCACCUACCUGCUGCUCUUCUUCCUGCUGCUGCUCUCGGUGGCGCUCGUCGUUCUCUUCAUCGGUUGCCAGCUGCGCCAUUCGGCCUUCGCCGCGCUGCCCCACGACCGCUCGCUGCGCGACGCCCGCGCGCCCUGGAAGACGCGGCCGGUGUAGCUUAGGACUGAGCCACGGCCGCCGGGCGCCCCGUCCCGACCUAGCCAAGAGCAGCCAGCUUGAGCAUGGUAGGGAGGGCAUGACGCCGGAGAUUGCUGGCCCCUGGGAACACUGCGCCCUGACCCUAAGACCCUUCCUGAACUAGAGUGGCAACCCGAGAGGAAAGGGAGACCGAGGCGUCGGGAGCCUGUGUAGGGUCUCGAUCCCAGUACCUGUAGGUACCGUGAUUCUGAUCCCCUGGCCAAAUCUUUCUUCCUCUGGACAGAGGGUCCAGUCGGGAAACCUUCCCCAAAGACGGCGGUCGGGUCGGGAAACCUUCCUGAAGGACGGCGGUCCGGUCGGAAACCUUACUGAAAGACGGCGCGCCAGCCCCGGGCGCAGGAGGCUUGCUCGCCGCCUGCUGACUUCCUUACUUUGCACACGGAAGGGGCAGGAACCGCGAGCGUGCAACUAGCCUGGAGCUACCUGUCUGGACUCGCAGGCCCUGUGGCUGUUUCCCACAGCUGCUACGGCCUCUCUUGCUCCUUGACACCGAGGAGGACCCCACUAGGAUCCGAGCGUCGUGAACUCACCUGAACUUUGGAAGGUUGGCACUGGGGGGCCGCAUCCCCCUGGGAAAUGACUGAACGCGGGGUUUCAGUGGGUCCCGCCUGGGUCUAAGGACCCAGUUUCUUCUGUGAGCACGGGCAGUGGGAGGCCGGUGGAAAGGCGCAGGGGCCCACCUACGCGUCUCACAUCUUCAGGGGCGCAUUUCUACAAUAAAAACUCACCCAAU